AUGAGUUCAUUCCAGCAAGAAAAUCAAUUGAACGCUAACAACAACAACAACAAUGUCAUGAAUGAAUAUAUUAGCUAUUCGGUUCCAUUAUCUCCUGUCACUACAAACGAAAACCCUCAAGAUUAUUGGAUGAACGGUUUGAUUGCAAAUUCUGUUCCGAUCUCGCAAACCACAAGCAACUCCGAUAUCAAUUAUAGCCAACCACCAAAUCCUAUUAACUUCAAUUCAAUUUUUGAAGGUGUUAACAUUUUCUCUAAUGAUGAUUUCACUUCUUCAUCUAACGACAUAUCGUUAGCCAAUAGUCCAGAAACUAAUGCCACAUCAGACAGUAUUGCGCAAAACUUAGAUGAGGUUAAAGUCAAAUUAGAAAACCACAAUCAAGCUAGACUAGAUGCUUUGGAAUUCGCUUUUGAAACCAAAUCAAUACUAAAAGAACAACCAAAAAUCAAACAAGAACCAGGUACGAAGGCAGCUACUAAACCAAAGAGAAGAGCACCAAGAAAGAAGUUGACCGAAUCACAAAAGAAAGCUCAUAACAAAAUUGAAAAGAGGUAUAGAAUCAACAUUAAUGCCAAGAUUGCCGGCAUUCAGAAAAUCAUUCCUUGGGUGGCUUUUGAAAAGACUGCUUUUGAAACUGGUGAAGAAAAUGAAACUGAAGCUGAAGCCAAGAAUAAUACUAGACUUAAUAAGUCGAUGAUCUUGGAGAAAGCUACUGAGUAUAUUCUUCAUUUACAGAAAAAGGAAGAAGAAUACAUGGCUGAAAAUCAAAAAUUAAGAGAACAAGUUAUUAAAUUGGGUGGUGAAAUAUGA